AUGAAUCAUUUAAUAGGUUUAUCUCGACGAAGUGUUUUAUUAACAAAUCGUCUACCAAUUCAAACAUCAAUUCGUACUGCCCUUAAUAAUCGUGAUUGGCGUCCGAAUGAGGACGCUCCAGUGUCACCUGAAGAUCGUGCAGCUACUGCACGUAAAUAUAAUAUAUUAGAAGAAGAUUAUAAGCCAUUGCCACCUGAAAGAAAUGCUGGUGAUAUGCCAGAUGUUGCACCGGCUGGCAAAUAUUUUGAUCGAAACCCAUGGGAAGACUAUGAUUAUGCUGCGGAUAGACAAAAUUGGAAUGAACCACGUCAUCCUGAAGAUCAUAUUAAGUAUGAUAAAACACGUCUUGGACAUGGACCAGAAAAACAACCCAUCAUAUUAAAAGAAUUAUUGAAACUAUUAGUUUUACCAGUCACAUUUAUAUUAGCUGCUUAUGGUUUACGUUCGCUUGAACUUAUGACUCCAACGUUUCGUUCACCAAAAGUUGAGCCUGGUGUUGUGCAUUAUUCAUUUGAGAAAAAUGAUGAUUCAGGACACGGUGUUCGAUAUUAG